AAAACCUUGUUAGAACGCUUAAGGGAUGAAUACAAAGCUUAUCAGAAAUCGAUAAAAACCAAUUUCAUUAAACAUGGAAUAGAAGAACGAAGAUUCAAUCUCACCAACGCUCUGAAUCGAGCAAGAAAACAAAAUAUUGUAGUUCGUUCUGCCUCUGCUACCUCUUCUUCGGAAGAUUCCAAUGAAAUUUUAUCGGCACAGUGUUCUCCUGAAUCCCAAGCUCGUCCGCUCGAACCUCAAGACGUAUCACAGGCUGAAUUUCUUCACUACUUUGGCUUGGGUUCUCAUGAGGUAUACAAAGAAAUGCAGAACAAGAGAGCAGAAAGGAAAAGGAGAAGUACCGCUAACCCUCAAUUUUUGUAUGGAAAUAAAGGUUGGGAUUUUUUGACCCACAAUAAACGCAAGCGUAACGCCUUUUUAAUCUCACCAAUUUCGCCACCGCAUACUCGUCAAUCAGUUAAAAAGAGACAAGAAAGAAACUCACCCCCAUUAACAGGAACAACGUCAACACAGAAGUCUGAACAGAUUGCAAAUAAGGCUGUAUUCAGUUCUUUUCCAUCAAUUCCAAAUCUACCCAGUGGAUUGAUAAUUGAAAGGGUGAGCCCUGGCAGUUCAUCGCCUGAUUCCAAAACUUGUACUGUGUGCAAACAGUCAGGAAAUCUAUCUACUUGUGAGGUGUGUACCAAUGGCUUCCACAUAAGUUGUCACAACCGUCCUUUAACCCAUACACCCCGGCAGUGCCCAAAAUGUUUGACCAAGGAAACAAGAACUAUAGGAUCCCUCAAUGUGCCUUCUGGAAUGAGUGUAUCCUAUGUUACUCCCACAGAAGUUUCAGGUUAGAAAAUUCGAUGAAAAAAUUAAUGAAAAAAAGGACUUAGAAGAGAAAAAACAGAACUUGACAGCAGAAUUAACACAACUUCAAAACCGCCAUUCCCAAUUGACAAUUUCCUUGAGAAAUCAGAAAUCGGAGCAAGAUCAACUUCGGAGCUCACAGCAAAGUACAGAAGAAAAAAUUAAAGAAAUUCUUACUUUCAUUGAUCGUAUGCAGAACCCAGUUAUUAGUAAUGAAAUAUCUGAAUCGUGAUUGUAAAUAAUGUUGUAGUUUCUGUUUUUUUGAUAUUAUUUUUGAUAUAUCUAUAUUAAGACUGACCGAUUGAUUGUAUUGAAAGUAAAUUUCUAUAAAAUAAAUAAUUUUGUUAAAAAUG